AUGGGCACGCCGCAUCAAGGCUCCGAACUGGUGCCUUGGGCAUUGACGGUGGCCAAUAUUGUCAACGUUGCCUUUGUCGGCCAGGCGCUGCGAACCGAUUUGAUCGACAGUCUCAAGAUCGGCUCGGAAAUCCUUGCCAACAUCUCGAGCGCGUUUGUAGCCCGCUCGGCCGCGCUGAAAAUCAUGUCCUUUAUCGAAAUGGAGAUAGAGCGGCCGCUCACCACCCUGCCCGUCCCCGAGGACGAACAGCCGAUUAUGGUUUUCGUCCGCGUCAGCGGCCUUACGCGGAAGUUAUCAGCACAUACCAAAGGUUCCAGGCAGUUCUCCACGGACUUGCAGCUCCGCGCGGACACACUAGUUGAGGGACUUGCUGCCGUUAUUCAAGAAUCGGAAUCAGGCGAGCAGUACGCCCUGACCUCUAGCUGGGUUGAUAUCGUGACAGCCGAGGCUAGGGUCACAUCCGGGCACGCUAGCUAUGACCCCAUCUUUGGCUACAAGAUCAACCGCGAUCAAACCAUAGCCUCGUUUUUCAGUAAAGCCUUCCCGAACCCGGUCGAGGUGCAUCUCCGGAAGAACGCCAUGGCCCGAGGCUCGCAAGAGGUUCCGUCGUACGCCGUUACCUUUGGGCAGCGCGGUGUGCACGAUGGCCAGGUUUCUCUCUUGAGGACGCCGAGGGUGCCAGAAGACGGACUGCAUUAUGAUAUACCGCAGGGUCUCGGGACUCUGCCUAUUUAUGACGUGAGGUCCUUUAGCGGUGAUUUGCCUGUUUCUAUGGUCGCCAAGGGCGGGGUUUUUGUAGCGAUGCACGAUGUGGAGGCCAUGUGCUUUGCGUUCGACACCAUGCCUAGCGCCAACUACGCCGUCCGACCGUACCUCGGUGGCAUCAAUGCUAUAUCAGGCGCUUCCAUGUUUGAUAGCGGGCACAAAGGGAAGGCGGGGCCGGAUGACUGGAAGCAAGAUUAUGUUGUUAUCCCGGAACAAGAGCAGCUUCAUGGACUCGCCGUGGUGCCCGGUCUAAUGAAGCAGUUUGUUGCCACCGCAUCCUCUGUUCAACCCCCAAGCGACGAGGGCAUAACGGACCAAGGAAAUUACGGCCCGCCUGAUCCCCGCUAUCCAUUCCCGACCUGCCACCACCAAACCUAG